CGCAAAGCGCUCCUCUCUCUGCCGACCCAUGUGAAUGUGUGGGCCUCCUUGUUCGUGUCCCCUGCGGCGUGAAGCGCGGCGGAGUGUGCAAAGGCGGACGGGGCUGAACGGGAUCGCUCAGGCGUCGCCAUUUUCGCCAUCUUGGAAAAGUUACUCCUCUUUGAUACACAGUACUACGGGUAUUGUUUUGAAAAUAAUCUCCAGCUUGUGUGUACAUUUUAAAUUGAAAAGAUGAUUGGAUGAAUGAUUUCUUCAAUUCAACUAUUUCUGUGACUGAGAAACCUGCAAGAUGGAUUUUGAGAUGGAAAGUGCAGAAAACUUGACAAGGGAUAAUAAUGAUGCGUCUGUUGAUCUAGAGUGGCAGGUAGACUCCGAAUGGAUUGAUUUGUCAACUUCAGCAGCCUCUUCAGGUGCCAAGAGCAAAAAAGGCAGAAAAUCUGGUGCAUCGAAAGUUGAUAAAAAUGUGCCUCAAAAUUGUCAUUUUAUUCCUACCAGCCAAGGAUCACGUUUCUUAGUUGUUGAAAAUCAAACCCUAAGAUUGAGUAGAAGAAGUCCGUCUGGAUACUCGUAUUGGGUUUGUAGUAUACCAUGCUGCAAUGCACGUUGUGUACUUGAUCCUGCCGAGAAGAUCACGAGAUACUCUGGGGAACACAACCAUGACGCAGAUGUAAGUCGUGCUGAGUACAAGAUCUUCAUAAAUGCCUUAAAACUGGCAGUGAAGGAAAACCCACACGUGAAACCCAAGGUUUUGUACGAUGCUGAAUUAGAGCGUGCAAGGGAACGAUGGAAGAAAAGCAAUAAAAAUUAUGGCAAUGAAGAUGAGCCCUGCCUGCCUAGCUUCGACACCGUGAGGACGGCCAUGUACAACACAAGAAACGCUGUCUUGUCCUCCUUCUCUCUGAAAGCGGCUGGGGAUGAAACUGUCCCAGUGGAGGCAGGGAAGAAAAGUCAGGCAGGUCCGAGCAGGUCGACUCGAUCAAGUAACACAAAAGGAGGAACCAAGAGGAAAUCUACAUCUGCAAAAGCAGGGUCUACCAACUCAACAGAUUUAGAGGAGUUGGAAGAAGAAGAGAAAGAAGAGGAAGAGGAUCAAGAAAAUGAAAACUUGUCAGACGAGGAUGAAAAAGCAUCCACGUCAUCCAAGACGAGUGUUGAAGAUGUGAACUUCUACUUUCUGCCCUCGAGUCGAGGUUGUCAGUUGCUUGUGAUAGAGGACUGCCUGCUGUACCAGAAUGCAGUGAGGUCGUCAGGAAGAUCCUACUGGAAGUGCCAGAAGGAAGGCUGUUUCUUCAGGGCGGUGUACGAUUCCCCGAGGAAUUCUGUGAUCAAGACGACAGGCCUGCACAACCACCCGCCAGAUGUGGACCUUAUGAUGAAGAGACAGUUUAUUCAGAAUGUCAAGCACAGGAUACUGGAGAACCCCCACGUCCCAGCCAAAAAAAUCUAUGACGAGGAGGUGGAGAAGGUGAAACAAGAGGGUGAUCUUCUGGGUGUGACUCGAAAAGUACCAGGCUAUAGUUGUAUCAAGCACUAUGUCUACCGCAUGAGGAAGACCAUGUCUGUCUCUGAGGAUGCUGAGGAGGAUGAAGAAGAAGAGAUUGGAAAGGGAGAGGAGAAAAGGCGAGAAAUCACGGAGCUGGAUAGAGUAUUCCUUGAGGAGUCUGCCCCGUCGUCACAGCAGGAAGAGAGCUGUAUGAACAUGUCGAUCAUCACGCCAACGCCCAUCAGGUCCAGCAAGUUCCCAGAGCUCAGCUUUUAUUUUAUCCCGUCCAAGCAAGGUAAAAGGAUCUUUGUGGUGAAUGACUUCACAUUGCGCCUGAAUGCUCAGAAGACCGGAGGCCGCUUUUAUUGGAAGUGCACUGUCGAUCCAUGCUUGUAUCGCUGCGUGUAUAACGAUGUCUUAAAUGACAUUGUCAAGGUUUCAGGCAAGCACACCCAUGUGAGCAAUGCGCAUAGACUUCGAAUUCGUGAAUUCAGUUACUUGUUGAAAGCGAGAAUGUCCAAGGACCCGACCUUGACCCCCAAGCGAGUGUAUGACCAGGAGAUUGCCAAACUGCGAAGCAUGGAGAAGGGAGAGCAGCUCGUGAAGUGUCUACCUGCUUUCUCCAGCGUGCGGACGUCUCUCUAUAACUACAAGCACAAAAAAACCCAACCCGAAGAGACGGUGAGCAGUAAGAGAGGUGCCACGUACUUCACCAAUGACUUCACAGUCGAAGGGCAGGAAACUGUUGGCACAUCCAGGGGGCUCGGUGAUGUGAACAUUGAUGGCACACAGGACAUCUCACCUAAAGAUUUAACACACCUGAGCCUCGAGGACAACGACCCCAUGGACCAGGAUGCUGAGGAGAACGAUGAGGCCUCCCCGGACCGCAGCAGCAGCAGCAGCAGCGGCAGCAACGCUUUGAUGGACAUCGCCGCUCCAAGCCUCUAUGAUAGCCAUGACAUCAUCGACCAGUAUUGUAAUGCUACAGUGAAGGUCAAGACGUCAACUGCCAAGAUAACUCCACUGGAGGAACCAGAACAUUUGGUGAUUUCCCUGCCAGACCCGGCCAGCUACAGCAUCUCGUUUGUGCCCACAAAUCGUGGCAGUCGUGCACUGGUGGUCAACGGCUGUGUCCUGCGGAUCAGCUACACGCGCGAGUACACCACCUACUGGCGCUGCAAGAACAGCAACUGCAGCUUCCGCUGUAGCUACGACAGCAAGUCCAAGAGGUUGAUGAGGAUCAGCGGGGAGCACAACCACCCCGUCAACGCCUUCAGUCUGGCUGUGAAGAACUUUGUGCGCAAAAUGAAGAAGAGGGUGAGCAUUGAGAGUGACCUGUCGCCCAAGAUCAUCUAUGACGAGGAGAUUGCACGUCUCAAGUCAGAAGGAAAAGACAGCGAGUUCCUUUCCAAGCUUCCCAACUACGAGAGCCUCAAGUCCACACUCUAUAAGGUCAAGAGCUUGUCCAGCCGCUCGGCCAACCUCAUUGAGGACCAGCUGGACGCAGCCGCUUUAGAUGACUCGGAGGGUGAUGAAAGCAGUGAGCUGGCUUUGGAUGCAAAGGGGAGCAACUUUGACUUUGACCUCGACGACCCUCCUUACGAUAUCGAGAUUGAGUCAGCUUACACUCAACUCACCGCGCUGUUGCCAUCGUGGUUGGACCCUGACCCAGACAAAAGGAUUCUGGAUGGUCAUCCACUGGUGAAGAAGAGCGAGAGUGAGACGAGUACUGGGUGGGCGUGUGUCCGGGAGGGCUGUCCCUUCCGCUGUGUGGUGGACCGAGAGACAGAGCAUGUGACGCGCAGCCAGCUUGACCACACACACCGGCCCGACGUCAAGUACCACGUGUCACAGGCUCUGAUUGCUGCGGUCAGGAGACGGGCGGUCAUGGACGUGACAUUGUCGCCGAAACUCAUCUACGAACAAGAGAAGAGGAGAAUGGAGAAAAUUGUCUCCGGUAACAAAAUGUUGCUAAAGUUCUUGCCCAAUCUGACCAAAAUCUACCAGCUUGUGAUGAGGACGCGAGCGAACCCACCACAGCCAGCUAAACAAAAGUUGCUGCUUAAGUCAAAGUCACACAAAGAUAUAGGAGGUAAGAAGAGCUUAGGGUCGCUGAACGAGCCCGACAGCACCAUCCCCAGCUGCAGCAGCAGCAGUAACAACAGUACCAGCAGCACAAUAAGCAGCACCAGCAGCAGUGGUGUGACAGCCGCAGACUAUCUCAUCGAGCAGUGCCAUGAGGAGACGGAGAGAAUCAGCUCUUACCUUGACUCCCGGGAACAACACAUGAAGUCGCAGCGGAGUGCCGAGCCGCACCACAUCUUGUUUGAGCCGGACACUGUGACCAACCUACCUCAGCUCCUGCAGACCCCAGAGAGCAGUUAUACUACGCAAUAUCCUCAGCAGACAUCCUUCCAGCAAAUCGGGACCACAAAUUACACAAAUAUAGUACCUAGUCAGUGUACCUCUCUACAACAAAAUUCUUUCACUUCUAUGGACCGGCAAAUCGGUUUCAACACCUUCAGUGGUCACCAGGAGAAAAAUUCUCAAUUUCCAUCUGUUUCUGUGUAUACUCAGUUGCCAUCACAACAACAUUCUCAACAGCUGCUGACCGUAAGUGACCCACAGUCUGAACAGCCACAGCCGCAGCAGCUCCCAUUGACAGUGUCCACAAAUCUACAGCAAAUCUCGGUCCCCUCCAUGGUCUCUGGCUCGACGUCCUCAAUUCUCCAGCAGGCCAUGCUUCCCUCUCCAACACCCACAUCCCACAGCAGCGAGAAUGUGUUCACCCUACAUGGCUACCCUCUCAUGCCAGCCACCGCACAGAUCGGCAAUGUGUACUGGCAGUGCCGUAUCCCCAGCUGCCCGUUCCAGUGUGUGCUCAACGCCUCCACCUCCCAGGUGGUACAAAUCUCCAGCAAUCACAACCACGACCCGCCAGGCUCACAGUCUGCCUUUGCUUCACAGGUAGUGAAAAUGUUACAGCGUAGAUCUGCAGAGACCUUGGACCAGUCACUAGUCUCUGUCUACUCUGACUAUGUCCGAUGCCUGAGGAAUGUCCUCGACUCUGAUGAAAUUCUCAGCUGUGUGCCCAGAUUUCAGGACGUGGCUCAGUCCAUGCAGAAUGCCAGGACUGCGAUGGUCACAGACAGUGCUUCUCAGAACCUUAUUCUAGAGACUCAGCAGGUCUUACAACUGGCCGGCACUAGCAAUCAAGGCACCAGCCUGAGCCCACCAGCCCCUGGUAGCGUGAUGGACUUUCACUUUGACAGUCAGAGCAACUGCCUGGUGGUGUGUGGGGAGCAGCUUCUGCUCAGCUGGACAAUGAACGAGGUCUCCUACUGGAGGUGCCGCCGGCCAGACUGCAGAUUCAAAUGUGUCUAUGAUGAGGAACAGCAGUGCGUGCACCUGAUGAACUGCCAUACGCUCCCCUGUCCAGCCACAUCACGCGAGGACGACCGGUGUUCUGCCGCCAAACGCAAGCUCUCGGAGAAGUCCCUGGCCAGGAGGGCAAAGUUCCCACGUCUUGACAGCGCAAAGUUGGAGGGUCACAUGACCUAGCUACUUUAGCUGAAAGCUAAUUGUCGGCACUUUAAAAACAUUUGCUCUUGUUCUGUAACCUACACCAUGUACCCAUACGCACACAGGUAUUUUUACCGCUUUUUGGUCUUGUGUCUGUCAUACAUAAUGUGCAUUCGUCUUGUUUGGAGAUGUGAGGCACAUUUCUGAUUUUGGUCGUCUGUCAUUUCCAAACAGUACUACAGAUGAUUCCUAAGUGCAGUCACCAUCUGCAUUGUGAUACUACUGUAAACCUCUUUCUUUCCGGACUUACGAAAGCUGACUGAAAAGGCUCAACUCACUGACGGCCAGAGGUUGAAAUACCAAUUUAACCCCAACUGCUGGCAUUUUUAGGGUGUUCUAGAACAUUCAUUGUCGGAUAACAAUUCAAAGUAGACUCUAAUAUUUUCACUAUUUAUUAUUUCUAUGUUUUGUUUUAUUGGGGUGAAAACAAAUUUUCAGUGGUGUCAUACUUUUGUUUGAAUAAUUAUUUGAACUAUGGACAAAAAUACACUCUGAAUUACUUGAUCCACUGGUCAAGGAGGAGCUAGAAGCAACCUCAAUGGCAAUUGGUCCCCUUUUUAUUCAUAGCUGCCACUCAGGAAUUUCAAAAAAGGAGGAAAUUCACGCGAAGGCGGACGUGCACUCUCCGAAAGAGUGAGAUCCAGAUCCAAUAUAUUGGAACAUCUAUGUUUUUGGAAGGGAAAAGUGUCAUAUUUGUUAACUAUAGGCAACUGAAUUAAAAUGCAUUUUGAAAAAACAAAAAAACCAAAACAAAACAAAACAAUCCAAGACACUAAGUUGACUAACAAGCAUUUGACCAAGUUUGCUGACUAAACUAAAAAUCCAGUGUUUGCAAUCUAGUGUCUCAUAAAAAAACUUCUUUCACUUUAGACUUGAGCAACAAUGUUGAGCAGUUUUGGAUUAACUCAUUAAAGACGCCAGUUUUUCACCGAGAAUUUCCCUGGAGACGCAUGAUUUUUACCUAUUUUCAAAAAAUCAGUGGGAUAAACCUAAAAACAUUACAAGUAUAACAUUUGACAAAAAGUAAGAUCAUUAUGUAUAUUUACAUAAAAUGCAUUUAUUUUCAAAAAAUCUUUGAAAAAAUUAUGUUUUUUGUGAGAAAAAAAAAUGUAUGUAAAAGUGAAAAAAACCUUUUUAGAUGAACUAAGCACAUGGUUGUCAAAAUUGAUCGUAGUCAAAUAGAAUGAUUUCAAACAAGUAAUACAAA